AUGAGUGAGUCUUCUGCUCAUGCUGUUUGGCAUGUAGCACAACAUGUGGUUUCUACUGUUGUUACAGUAGGCGCAGCGGAGGCGUUCUCGGGCUCGUCGACGGCUUCGUCGUCGCUCCGGGUAGUGCCCGUGAGUGCACAGGCCGAUCUCGGCUCGCUGGUGCAGACGCACCUACAGGAGGCCCCGCAUACGCCGAUGGCUGUGAUGCUAGAGGCCGUGCCUGGUGCGCUUCUGCGCCUCGUUCCAUAUCUCCCGGCGCUUGCUUCGUCACCUGUCGUGUUCCAUAUCUCCACGUCGGCGAACCAAGCGGAUGUGAUGCUGCUGCGCCAAAGUGGCCUUUCGAUGAUCUACUCGUCGACCGCUGCCGAGGCGGAGGCGCAUGCUAUUGUGGCGCACAAGCUGGCAGCACGUACUCACACGGCUGUGAUCCAUGUAUAUGACGCCGAGGCCGAGGGCACUUCGUUGGCCACGAGUAGUGUGCUGGCGAAGGCCGUGCCUAGCGAGGCGACCGUGGCCCCGGUCUCGGAGCAGGCCGUGGACGAUAGCUUUGCGGAAGUGAAGACGCUUUUGGGCCGUGCCUGCGAGGCCUACACCGUCUACGGCUCGUCGGACAAUGCUACGUCCAUGGCGGUCGUUUUGGGUGCGGGUGCUUCGACGUUGGCGUCCUCGGCCAACGUGCCUGUGCUGAAUGUGCACUUGGUGCGUCCUCUGUACCCCACUCGCCUUACCUCGCUCGUGCGCUCGAGUGUGGAGCGUGUUCUGGUACUGGAGCCGCCGGCGCAGCGCCCUGCGCGCCUGGCGCCGCUGCUGAUGGAUGUGGCGAGUGCGUUCCAGCACAGUGAGGUGGAAAAGGUUCCUACGCUUGUGAGUGGCGUGCUGGGCCGCGUGGACAAAGCAGCUGGCGAGAAGCUUGCGUCGGUGCUGGCAGCUGAGGCUGCGCCGUCGAACGGCGUGGACAUCGGCACGGUGUCGAGUGCGCCGUCGACGCAGCAGGCGCUUGUUCCGAAGCGCCCUGAGCACGAGCGCGCCUACCAGGUGAUGCUUGAGCAGCUUUUCCAGGAGCGUCUGUCGAUCAUCAAUUCGCCGUCGGCGGACGCCUCUGCAAGCCCUGAAUACGCGCUGGGUCAAGUGCUGGCACAGCUUCAGAAGGACGAUGAGGUGGUGACACUCGCGGAGCGAUUGGCUGCGGCGAAGGACACCCCUGCCGCGCUGGAGAAUGCAUUGCGCACGUGGCUCUUGGUGCGGAACGAUGCGAAGCAGGUGGCGGCGGCGGCGGCGGAUGUGCAGUCGGCGCUGGCCGGUGUCUCUUCGUCGGACGCCAAGGCACUUUCGGCGCUGACGUCUCGUCUUGUGUUGCCUUCGCGCUGGAUCAUUGGCAGUGAUGCAUGGGCGUACGAUGCCGGUAUGGGUGGUGUGCACCACGCCAUCGCCUCGAAGCGCAACGUGAACUUGCUGAUCUUUGACACAGUGCCCUACACGGAGCGCGACCAAGUGCCGCUGCACCAGCGCAAGAAGGACAUUGGUCUGUACGCCAUGAACUACGGCGGAGUCUACGUGGCUAGCACCGCGCUCUACUCGGACUACACGCAGCUGGUGCAGGCGCUGACGGAAGCUGACCGCUUUGAUGGCCCUUCGAUUGUGUUGGCGUACUUGCCUUACGGUCGUGCCGAGUCGGCGCCGCCUGCGCUCCAGGUGCUACAGGAGACCAAGCUGGCUGUGGACUCGGGCUACUGGCCGCUGUACCGCUGGGACCCGAGUGCCGAGGAGCGUGGACAGGAGGUGUUCCGCCUCGAUAGUGUGCGUAUUCGUGAGCAGCUGCAGUCGUUCCUCGACCGCCAAUCCCACUUUUCGCUGUUGGCGCAGGAACGUCCUGCGCUGGCGUACGAUCUGGCUGCGUCCCAGGGCCAAGCGCUGCGUGAAAAGCAGCGUGCCAAGGCGCAAGAGGCCUACAACCAACUGCUGGGUGCCAUGGAAGGUCCCUCUUUGCUGAUCCUUUAUGCGUCGGAUGGUGGUGCGGCCGAGAAGGUUGCGAAGCGUCUUACGACGCGUGCGAAGCUGCGUGGCCUCGGUGCGCGUGUGCUUGCGAUGGACGACUACCCGAUCGAGGAGCUGGCAUCCGAGCCGAAUGUCGUCCUGAUCACCUCGACGGCCGGUCAGGGUGAGCCGCCGCAGAACGGUCGCUUGACGAUGAAGGCGCUGGCCAAGCAGGCGAGUGGCCUCUUUACGGAGGAGACGCGCUUCACGGUGUUUGGUAUGGGUGACUCGCAUUACUGGCCGCGUCCGGAGGAUGCGCACUACUACAACAAGCCCGCGAAGGAUCUCGACAAGCGUCUUGUGGAGCUGGGUGCGAGCCGAUUGGUCCCGAUUGGUCUUGGUGACGACCAGGACGCGGACGGUUGGCAGACGGGCUACAAGCUCUGGGAGCCGCAGCUGUGGAAGGCGCUGGGUGUUGACACUGUCACCGUGACCGAAGAGGAGCCGGAGCCGAUCACAAACGAGCACAUCAAGAUUGCAAGCAACUACUUGCGUGGCACUAUCGAGGAAGGUCUCGCGGACAUUUCUACGGGCGCCAUCUGCGAGACGGAUACGCAGCUGACCAAGUUCCACGGUACGUACAUGCAGUACGACCGUGACACGCUCGAGGAGCGCAAGGCUGCGGGUCUGGAGCCGGCGUACGGUUUCAUGAUUCGUGUGCGUAUGCCUGCGGGUGUGUGUACUGCGGAGCAGUGGCUGCAGCUUGACCGUGUGGCGGAGGAGUACGGUGGUAUCAAGUCGUUGAAGAUUACGACGCGUCAGACGGUGCAGUACCACAUGAUUCUCAAGCGCAACAUGAAGGCGGCGAUGAAGGCGAUCAACCAGAGCAUGUUCGACACGAUUGCCGCGUGUGGUGACGUGAACCGCAAUGUGAUGUGCUCGCCGAACCCGCAUUUGUCUGAGGUACACGAGAGCAUGUACAACUUCUCAAAGAAGCUGUCGGACUUUUUGCUUCCGCGCAUGAAUGCAUACCACGAGAUCUGGCUUGACAAGGGCACUGACAGUAAGAGCAAGUUGUUGGUGGGUGGUGCGCUGCAGGACUACGAGCCGCUCUACGGCCCGUACUACCUCCCGCGUAAGUUUAAGAUCGCGGUGGCCAUGCCGCCUCGCAACGAUGUCGAUGUGUUUGCGCACGACAUUGGUCUGAUUGCCAUCGCCGACCACGAGAAGAAGGAACUGCUCGGUUUCAACAUUGCCGUGGGUGGUGGUAUGGGUGUGACGCACUCGAUGAAGGCGACGUACCCACGUCUGGGCAGCGUUCUAGGCUUUGUGACUGUCGACCAGGCGUACGAGGCGUGCCGUCAGGUGCUGCUGAUCCAGCGCGACACGGGCAACCGUCAGAACCGUAAGCAGGCGCGUCUGAAAUACACGGUCGACAAGUACUGGAACGGUCCAGAGAACUUCCGCGCUGAGCUGGAGCGCCGUCUUGGCUACAAGCUUGAGGAGGCUCGUCCGUUCCGCUUUGAGGCGAACACGGACGAGUACGGCUGGAGGAAAGACUACCGCGGCAAGUGGCACUGCACGCUCUGGCUCGAGAACGGUCGUGUGAUUGACGAGCCGGGUAUGCCGUUCCGUACGGGUCUGCGUGAGCUGGCCAAGUUCCACAAGGGCACUUUCCGUCUUACGCCGAACCAGCACAUUAUUGUGUCGGACAUUGACGAGGCAGACAAGCCGAAGAUCGAGGCGCACCUCAAGGAGUACCACAUGGAUAAGUGGGAGCAGUCGGGUCUGCGUCUGAGUGCCAGUGCGUGCGUCGCGUUCCCUACAUGUGGUCUGGCGAUGGCUGAAUCGGAGCGCUACAUCUUCAAGCUUGUCGACAAGAUUGAGCGUAUCUACCUGGCGAACGGUCUGAAGCACGACGAAAUUACGUUGCGUAUGACUGGUUGCCCUAACGGCUGCGCUCGCCCAUGGGUCGCGGAGAUUGGGUUUGUGGGUAAGGCGCCAGGCCAGUACGUCAUGUGCCUGGGUGGUGGUCACGCAGGUGAGCGUCUAAACAAAAUCUUCCGUGAGAGCGUGAACGAGCAGGAGAUCCUUGAGAUUAUGGAGGUCCUGAUCCCGCGCUACGCGAACGAACGCUUGGAGGGCGAGCCUUUCGGUGACUGGGUCAUUCGCGCUGGUAUCAUUGCGGAGACGACACACGGCGCUGCUUUCUAUGACAAUGUCGAUACAUCCAAGCCAUUGGCUCGCACCGCGGCCGCUUAA